CACUGAGUAGCCCUGGAGUGGAGAAUACACAGAAUCAGCCUGCCCAUAUGCAUUAAAAUUUAGCUAUCACAUCUUUGAAAGAAUACAGCCAUCCAUUUAUAAUGCUGUGCACAGGGGUGAGAAAAGUGGCCUAUAAAUGAAUUAAAUCCUAAUAAAUAAUCAAUGGGAAUUCUCCUUCAAUUCAGUGUGUGGUAUUUAGAUAAUGCAAGAUAGGAAGGUGAUAUACUACAUUUUAUCUUUGUCUAAUGCACAGAGAUUAGAUAAAGGACAAUGUAAUAAUUGGACAAAUGUGAUGGGGUUUUUUUUUUGUCAAUUUAAGAGCAGACAUUUGUUCAACCAUUCUACAGUACUGUAUUGCCAUCUAGUGGCAAGAACAUAAUGUUCUCCUCCAUCAGCAAUAAAGAGUAAACAACAAAAAGUGAAACAUGAUGUUAAUCUAUAUAUAUAAAAGGGUAAUGAAAUUUCGGCCUAGGACAAAACAAAACUACACAUCCCAGAAACACUAAACUUGGUAGCACAACCCCAUGCCUCUAUGUUCAUACAACAAACAGCUCAAGCUACUCCAGAAAACGGCCAGGCUUUGAGACUGCAAGGCUAUUCACUGCUAUUCCACCUGGCCAACAAAGGAUUCCCAUAAGCCACAGCAACGCGUGGCCGGGCAAAGCUAGUGCUUUAUAUAUGAGUGGGGUUUUCACAGUUCUCAUAGUAAACAUGAUUAUUGUAUCCUCAUGUGAGUCAUAAAAAUCACUUUGUAAGUUUUUGGCAGGGCAGCCUGAACUCAGGGAGAAUUUGUUAAAGGAGGAACUUUUAAAUAGUUUUUAUGCUAGGAAGGAGGAACUGUUUUCCAAUGUUGAGGACUAGCUCUCCCAUAUUCCUUUGCUGUUGUGUCUCAUGGCUGUGACUUCUGAAAGUUAAGAAAUAACUGGAGGCUAGGUAAUUUAUUUAUACCAAACUAUUGUUGUUUAUAGGCAGUUUUCUGUUGCAUGUGCAUAUGUUUACAUAGAUUUGUUAAAAAUAAAAAUAGUUUUGCAUUAUUAGGUGAAUAUUGCUGUUUAAAACAAUUUUAUCAAAGAAUACAUGUCAUAAUCUUUGCUGUCUUGACCACACUUUGGUAUUGCUUGGCUACACAAGUGCCAGUUUUCAUCUUUGAAAUGCUGGAUGUUAUUUAAUAAAUGUUACCAGCAGUGAUGCAAUUCCUCGUAAUGUUAGGGGGUGUACCCAAAAUGUGCAUUAAAAAAGGAAUACUUGGAACAAAUACGAACAUAUGAUUUACUGAAAGACCAUUUAAUUAUAUACUGAUGUUCCAAUAAGAAUGAGGAAUUCUGGUUACACAAUCAACAUCCUGUUUGAAGAAUAACAGAACUUUUUUUUUCAAAAGAGGAAAAAACCCUCCAGAGUAAAGGAAACUCACAGCAUUGCAGCUCAGUCAAGUUUGUAAUCGUAGAGGAAUUUGGCCAGGCGUCUUUAAAACAUACCCGUUUCCUUAUUUAGUGAGGCCCGCUCGGAAGUUUUAACCCGAAGCGAAAUGACAACUGAGAGCAAUGGAAAAAGAUGUACUUAUUAGAGAUAAAAGCAUUGCAAAUUACAGAAGCGAUGAUCUCUCCCCAAGGAUUGCACAAGGUACACCUGGGCAUUCCUCUCCCUUUGAGGGAGCCUCUGCACCCCCUUAUGAGCUGAUGGAAGAAAUACCUGCAGACGAAAAGAAAAAUUCAGAAGAUUCUGGUUCACUCAAUCUACUGUCUAGUGAAGAACAUGGUGAAAUCCCUCCACAUCUAAGAGAUCUGAACCUCUCAGCUUCUGAGCAAGACAUUAAAGAAGCCUUUCUUCAGUAUGCCUCUCGCAAGUGUUGCUAUAGGACUGCCCCUGCAAAGCAUAUGAAAGUCCGGAAUCUCACUCCUCUCAACACGUACAGAUAUCGUCUGGAAACUUUUACUGAAACAAGAGAGACAUAUGUAGCCAGUGGGUUUUAUAAUGGUGGAUUUGUUGACUCUUCAGCUGUUGCACCACCACCUGCUCCGUGGGAAAUUAUAGUGGAUCCACCUCCUCUGUUUAUAGACUGUGAAAUGAGUCUCCCAAUACCACACUCUUAUUCAGUAGAGAACUGCCCAAACUGCAAAGGACGUGGGGCAAUUAAGUGCCCGUCUUGUGAGGGCACUGGCAAGAAAAAAUGUUCAGCGUGUGGUGGGAGUGGAACCAAUACACUGGAAGACAAUAGUAUCUGCUCGUGGUGUUCAGGGUCAGGAAACAAUUGUUGCUUCAGUUGUCAUAGCAAUGGAUGGUUGAAGUGUUAUCGUUGCAAUGGGACUGGUGUCCUGCUAUUUCAUACAGAACUUACAAUCACUUGGAAGAACAACAUCUUAGAACAUGUUGCAGAUAAGGAAUCUGGCCUCCCACUAUACCUUUUACAAGAAGCAACUGGAGAAGAAAUACUUUGUGAUGAAAAUUUUUCGGUAUUUCCCAUUGUUGAUUUCCCAGAGUUAUCUAUUGAAGACUACUCACGAGCAUGUAUUGAACAGCAUCGAAUGCAGUUUUCUUUAGGUGGUGUUCAUCAUGUCCUGAAACAGAAACAAACCAUUGAAUUCAUGCCAAUUACAAAGGCUGAAUAUGAAUGGAAAGGAAAACUCUACUCCUUCUAUGUUUUUGGCAAAGAGAAGAAAGUCUACACCAAAGACUAUCCAGCAAAAUGCUGCUGUUCUGUCAUGUGACACAGGUCAACAAUGUGACAUUUCCCUACCAAGAGAUGCAGCCAAUUUCUAUUAUUUGUCCUUUACAACAUAUUGCAGGAUUACAACAUGUUCAGAGAUAUGUUAUAUUAUAGAGGGAUCCAUCCACAAUUUUUUGUGGAAACAAAUAUUUGUAAAUAACCUUGAAAAGAAAUAAAGUAUUAAAAUGUAUUGAGACACAUCAAGACACCUUUUGUUGUUGAAGAUGAAAAAAUUAUAAAUACAGCAGAGUCUCACUUAUCCAACCUUCGCUUAUACAACAUUCUGGAAUAUCCAAUGCAGUCUGCCUCCCACUUGGAUCCACAGCGGUUUCUCUAGGCAUCAAGGACUGAACUUUUUAUGGAUUUAAUUCCGACAAUGUUUGUUGUGACUGCGCCUUCGGGGAUUAUGGUUGAUGGGGAUGGAAUUCGAAGAGGAAGAAAAAACCCUCGUGAUGAGGGUUCACUGGAGGAGUUGCGCAGGAAGCGACUUAGAGAGCUAUAUGGGGGAUCUUCUGAGGAAGAUUCAGAUGGGGAGAUGGAUGCUGAGGAACAGGUGGUGGCUGGGGAAGUAGGCACUGAAUGGGCACAGCCACCGGAGAUGUCUGGGGAUUUGGGGUCUAUGGAUGCUUCUGAACCUGGGGUUUCUGCAGGAGCUGAUCCCAAUUGGGAUGCUUGAAGAAGGGAGGAUGGUUCUUUAAGUGUUCAUGGGGCUAAGUGUGGGCAGGAUGAUUGGGACUCUGACGAAUUGCUAGGUACUCCAGAUCCAUGAGCUCUAGCUGUGUGGAGCUCAGACUCGGAGUAGAUUUGGGACACCUGGUGUUUGGGUGUGAGUGUUUGGUCACCCAGGAGGAAGGGGAAUAAAAUGGGAAUGUUUGGCCACUGCACUUUGCGUGUGGCAAGGUGUUGCUGAGGCGCCAUUGGGAUCUCUGUGUUUCCAUGAAGACUGGACUUGGACUAUGAUUUGAAUCUGCUGUUAUCACCUAGCUUGGCUCUCGCUGUGUCUUAUCGUGGACCUGUUUUGGAUGACUGCACCCUCUUCAGACCUUGGACCGGAAUUUGACCUUGCUAGUGCCUUCGCCCUGUGAUUGAUGACUACUAUCGGCUUUUGACUCCUGGCUUGCUCUUUGGACACCGCUGUUUUCUCCUGACCUGACCUUGGAAUCCCGGACGACGUCUUUUCACCAUCCUUUUGGAGCCUUCGGCUUUAUCCACAUUGUGGAAGCAGUCUACUGAAUUCUUAGUUUGUUUGUUUGUUUCCUGACCAAUUUGGUGUUUUCUUUUGGGAACUGUUCCUUUGAAAACUACAGAGCCGGCUGGCAGGGCUUGGACUCAGAUAGUGCAGUUUGCACUAAGUUUGUUUAGCUUUGUUUCUACCUGCUUGUGUUGCUGAAUUAUAUUUUUGUUUGAACUGCUCUUGAAGCACUGAUAGUGAAGUGUUUCAAGAUUUUUUCUGUGUUAUCAUUACUUUUUGGCUUAUCUGCUGAAUAAACUCUAUUUUUGUUCGCUAA